CUGCGAUUGAAAUUGCCCGUAAAUUCAUAUUGUGGAUAGAUAGAUCAUAGAUAGAUAGAUAGAUAGAUAGAUAGACAGCGAGGGUCACACGCCAUACUUGAUCGUUGAUUUGAAUUAUCUCGAUCUCCGUGCGCAUCAUCGAUUUAUCGUGGACUUUGCAAUAUGGCGUCGGAGAUCGAGAUAGUGGAGGAGGUGGAGCCGGAGGUGGGAGGUCAGCGAUCGGAGAAUUUCGCAGAUGGCGGGGAGGAGAAAGCAGCUGCGGCGGUUCAAGAUGAGACCUUGAGGAACGAUGUGUACACGAACGCGGCUUACGGGAAUAUGGAGAACCUGCAGCGGUUGGUGGAGAGUGAGGGGUGCUCGGUUUCGGAGCCGGAUGCCCUCGGCUACUACGCCCUCCAAUGGGCGGCGCUUAACAAUCGGACCGCCGCUGCUCAAUACAUUCUUGAGCAUGAAGGUGAUAUUAAUGCUCGUGAUCAUACAGGCCAAACAGCUCUACAUUGGAGUGCAGUAAGGGGUGCAAUCCAGGUUGCUGAACUUCUGUUGCAGGAGGGAGCACAAAUCAAUGCAGCUGAUUUGAAUGGCUAUCAGCCAGUCCAUAUUGCUGCUCAAUAUGGUCAGACAGCUUUCCUUUGUCAUCUUGUUACGAAGUGGAAUGCCGAUCCUGAUGUUCCUGAUAACGAUGGUAGAAGCCCAUUGCACUGGGCGGCUUAUAAAGGCUUUGCAGACUGCAUACGUCUUUUGUUAUAUCUAAAUGCAUAUAGGGGACGACAGGACAAAGAAGGUUGCACUCCUCUACAUUGGGCUGCCACUAGGGGAAACUUGGAAGCAUGCACUGUCUUAGUGCAGGCUGGGAAGAAGGAAGAUUUGAUGGUUACUGAUAAUACAGGGCUCACACCUGUUCAACUUGCUACCGAUCAAAAUCAUCGACAAGUCGUAUUUUUUCUCGAAAAUGCUAGAAAGUUGUACGAGAAGCGGUGGGAUAAUAACAGCGUCCUUGGCAAACUCUCUAAAUUAGGCUUUGCUCCACUGCUUUGGUUCAUUAUCUUCCUGCUGCUUGUGACAUAUGUGCACUCAGUUGUUAUGGCUUCAAAUUUGCCAAGACUAACAGCUGCCCUUGGCCUUUUUGCAUGGAUGGGAGUAUUCUUGGCGACCAUUGGUUUAUUUCUGUUUUAUAGAUGUAGCAGCAAGGAUCCCGGCUAUAUUAGAAUGCAUAUACGUGAUCCAGAACACAUGAAAGAUGAUGAACCCUUGCUCAAGAUUGAAAUGAAUAAUCCCGCUUUGCUUGCUGGAAAUUGGUCCCAACUAUGUGCUACUUGCAAGAUUGUUCGGCCUCUUCGUGCAAAGCACUGUUCCACUUGUGACCGAUGUGUUGAACAAUUUGACCAUCAUUGCCCUUGGGUCUCGAAUUGCAUUGGCAAGAAAAACAAGUGGGAUUUUUUCUUGUUUCUUGUCCUGGAAGUUCUGGCAAUGCUAAUUACCGGAGCCGUCGCUAUCACCCGAGUGUUGACUGAUCCUAUGGCUCCCUCCUCCUUCGGUGCAUGGUUGAGCCAUGCUGGCAACGAACAUGUUGGUGUUUUAGCAUUUUUAGUUGCAGAUUUGUUCCUCCUCUCGAGCGUUGGAGCUUUGACUUGUGUGCAGGCUUCUCAGAUCGGUCGGAAUAUUACAACCAACGAAAUGACAAACAUGAUGCGGUAUAGCUACCUAAGAGGAUCAAAUGGUCGAUUCCAUAACCCAUUCGACCAUGGCUGCAAAAAGAACUGUUCGGAUUUCUUGAUAAACGGCUACAAUGAAGACAUCGAGCACUCAGAAUCGUCAAAGGAUUCUCAAGGAAUCAUCGGGAUGGCUCACAUUUUGCGAAACAAAAACCUUCCAAACGGUUCGAACCAUUCUCAGCAGGCGAAUGGAAACGACCAUCUUGCAAUUGAUGUGAGUAAAAGCUCCAAUAUACACUCAGCCGAGUCCCAUUCUUCUCACGGCGGCCAUAACCAUAGUCACAGCGCUGUCCCUUUAGGUUCGGGUGCUGGUCUGGGUCGAAAUGUCGGUCGUUCGACGCGGGUUUCUUGAUAUAAACUGUGGUGUUUUUUGUAAGUGAAAAUAGCUUGCCUUGUGACCCUUGGUGUGUGUGUGUCUGUGAUCACAGCAUUUAUUUUAUAUAUAUAUAUUUGUUUGUUUUUGUUGUAUUAAGCAUUUCCAGUUGUAGAAUGGGAAUAAAAUGAAAUUUGUAGAU